CGACUCUUCACUAAGGAGGAAAAUUCAGCCUCAAAAUGGCCGGCACAUUGGAGGAAAUUUUGUCAGGACUUCUAGUUGCAGAUAAUGCUGUAAUCCAGCAGUCCACCCAAAAGUUGAAGAGCCUAUAUAAAGAACAAAGCUUUGUUUCUGGUCUCUGUCAGGUGCUUGGAACAUCACAGAAUGCACAGGUGCGCCAGUAUGCCGCCAUCUUGCUACGGAAGAAGAUCCUCAAAAGUAAACAGUGGGCAGCUCUACAAGGAGACAUUGCACCUACGAUUAGAGAAAAUAUCCUGCAGUUGCUGUUACAAGAGCCAGAAAAAAUUGUAAGAGUGGCCAUUGCUCAGGUUGUAGCUGCUGCUGCCAAACAUGACCUGCCCAACAAUGCGUGGCCUCAACUGUUUGUAUUCAUCAGUCAGCAUGUGAAAAGUGAUGUCCCGCAACACAGGGAGAUUGGUAUGUACCUGCUGUAUUCUGUGGCUUCCUCAGCAGCUGAACAGCUCAAACCUCAUCUGACUGACAUGGUAGCCCUGGUAUCUGGAGUUCUAACAGACCAGCAGAGCAGUCUUGCUCCAUUCUAUGCCAUUAAAACCUUGUCUGAGGUUGUGUUCUAUGUGGGAGAUGAUGCAUUGAAGCCUGUUCAACAAAUUGUUCCCCAGAUUCUUCAAGUCAUCAAGAAUUUAAUUCUUGUAGAUCAGGAGAAGGCGUGUGAAGCAUUUGAAGUAUUUGAUGAGAUGCUAGAAUGUGAAGUUGUUAUUAUAACUCCACAUCUGAAGUCCACAGUACUCUUCUGUCUGGAGAUUGCUGCAAACAAUACAUUAGAAGAUGGAAUUCGAGUAAAAGCCAUGUCAUUUAUAUGCUCCCUUACAAGACUAAGGAAAAAGCAAAUUUUAAAGAAUCAGUUGGUACUUCCCAUUCUGAAUGUGAUGUUUCCGGUGAUGUGUGAGACCUAUGACGAUGAGGAUGAUGAUGAUGAAGAUGAUGUGGAAAGUCAGAGACCUUCACAAAUAGCAUCACAGGUUCUGGACACAAUGGCUAUGCAUCUCCCACCAGAAAAGUUUAUUCCUCCAGUGAUGUCUAUGGUGGAGCCGUCCCUACAAGAUGAGAAGCCAGAAAGACGAAAAGCAGCAUUUAUAGCCAUGGCUGUUGUAGCUGAGGGAUGUGCAGAUUUUCUUACAAACAAUCAUAUACAAGCAGUGUUACAGUGUGUGUGCAAAGGUCUCAGUGACCCUGAUCAACAUGUAAGAAAUGGGGCAUUGUUUGCAAUAGGACAGUUCUCUGAACAUCUUCAGCCUGACAUUAGCAAAUACGCCUCAGAUGUUCUACCCUUGCUGUUCCAAUACCUGCUACAGGUGAGUCAGGAGGGUGACAAGAAUUCUCAUGGCCUCACUAGAAGUUAUUAUGCUUUGGAAAUGUUCUGCCAGAAUCUGGGAAAAGAUAUCCAGCCUUACCUUCCACAGUUAAUGGAACAUCUCAUGACUGUAUUGAAGACAUCAACAACUUUACGACCUAAGGAACUUGCCAUUAGUGCAAUAGGGGCAACAGCGAGUGCAGCAGAGUCCUUGAUCUGUCCAUACUUCCAGGAAAUUAUCAACCAGUUCAGGGAAUAUCUUGUAGUCACUGAGGGGAAUGAAGAAAUGUUCAAACUACAGAUUCAAACAAUCGAUACUCUGGGUGUGUUGGCUCGAUGUGUGGGUGCGGAGAUGUUUCAGCCUCUCACCAAGGAGAGUAUUCAGUUUGGGUUGAACCUGCUCAAUACAGCCGAGGACCCAGACCAAAGGAGAUGCAUCUAUGGUCUGUUUGCGGCACUUUCGACACUGCUGAAAGCGCACAUCGGUGAAUACCUGCAGACAAUGAUGCACUUCAUGCUGCUGUCACUGAGAUCUGCUGAGGGAGUUAAGGCUCAUAUAAAGGAAGAGAGUAGUUUCCUGUUUGACGAUGCCGAGUUUGAUGACGAGGUAGAUAUUGAGGCAGAGGAGGCUGAGGCUGAGGGUGAUACCUCGGAUAUAGCUGGAAUCAGUGUAGAGAAUGCCUACAUGGAGGAGAAAGAGGAUACUGCUGUAGCCAUGGGGGAAAUUGCUGUAAAUGCUGGGGCAGCCUUCUUACCUUACUUGGAGGAGAGUUACCAAGAGUUACUUGCCCUUUUAGAUUACCCAGCAUCCCGAGUGAAGAAAGGGACAGUAUCGGCCCUGGGACAAUUCUGUAUCUGUGUACAUGAAGUAAACAAGAUACCAUCAAGUGGAGAUAAUGGUCCCUCUCAAGUUGCAUUAUGUGCCAUGCUGAACACAUUGGUACCCCGAUUUUUGUCCAUCAUUGCUGAUGAUGAUGACAGAGAGGUUGUCAUGGCAACAGUAGAUGUGAUACAUGACCUUCUAGAGAAAGUAGGUCAACCUGUUCUACAGGUACCUGAUGCCACAGACCAGAUUCUCACCAAGAUGAAACUUAUCUUCAUCCACAAGGUAGCAUGUCAGGAAGCAGAAGAGGAAGAUGAUGAGGAUGAGCAGGCCGAGUUCGACGGCAUGUUGAUAGAAUCUGCCGGUGAUGUAAUACCAGUCAUGGCCAAGCUGAUUGGUGGAGAACACUUCCUAGGAUUCCUCGGAGGCUUCCUGCCUGAUCUACUUAAGAGAAUGAGACAGACAAGUUCCACUGCAGAGAAAUCAUUUGCAGUGGGGACUCUAGGUGAGACUAUAGAAGCCGUAGGACCUGCCGUCAGUAUGUAUGCUGACACGCUAUAUCCAGUAUUUAUGAAGAUGGUACGAGAACAAGACGACGAGGUGCGAAGUAACUCUGUAUACUCCCUGGGUGUACUGGCCGCUAACUGUGGUCAGAAAAUACAAGGAAAAAUCCCAGAAGUGCUGAAGGUGUUAUUUGAGAUACUAAACAAGGAGAAAAACACACGUGUAAUAGACAAUGUAUGUGCUGCUGUAUGCAGGAUGAUCAUGGCGGGUCAUAAAUCUGUCCCCUUAGAUGUGGUUGUUCCAGUUGUUAUAAAGUGUCUGCCAUUGAAAGAGGACCAGGAAGAGAACAUGACAGUUUACAAAUGCCUUACACAACUGUAUACAGCUGGAAAUACACAGGUUGUGGCAGCUAUACCAGACAUACUGAAGGCUGCUGCUGGGUGCCUAGGAACUGACAAAUUUAAACCAGAGUGUGAGAAACUUGUUGUUGACUUUGUGAAGGAUGUUGCCCAAAAGUAUCCAACAGAUUUCACUAACUUGCGUGGCAGUUUAAACCCAGACCAAGCUUCCAAACUUGACAUCUGCUUGGCAGCUGUAAAUGGACAUUGUGUGAAUGGUACCUCUUGAGAAUAGAUAUUUCGUAAAUGGUACCUGAUCAACAUUUAAGGAAUUUUUCUGUAAAUGGUACCUUCAGAUUACAGACUGGGCAAAUGGUGUUCCAAUAUAUGAUCUGCAAUAUGUAAAUGGCACCUGAUGUAAGGAUAUUGUGUAAAUGGUACCUGCUAAUGUUAAAAGUGCCUGUUUAAGUGUGAGCUGCAAUUUGGUACGGAGCUUGGGUUGAAAAUAUAUAUAUCAUUUAAUUAAAAGAUAGGCCAGUAAGAAUGCUAAGAAUUGACAAAGGGCUUUGCAAUGGAUUGUUUCUUGCUUUUGUUGCUUAGAUUGUAGUAUUGAAACAGAGCUUUGAAAAAGAAAUAUUAUAUCCAAGAAAAGUUCAAAUAUUUUUUUGCAGUUUUGAUUUUAAGGAGCAUGUUUUAUAUAAACUGUUAUUGUUGUUUUCCGCUUACGAAAUUGCAAAGCUAAGAGUAAUGGAUUGCUUAUUACAAAUACCUAAAAAUGCAUUAAAUACAGUGACUAAACUUCUACUGAGAUGAGGUGUUGGUAUUUGAGGAGUUUUUUCAGUAUAAUUGUUUUAAGUUUGAAUUUUUUUUAUGUAAGACUGUCUAAAAAGAUACUCAUUAUCAUAAUUUGUUGCAAGUUUGUUUGAAAAUACUUGCGUAUGUUGCUGUUGCAUUCCAUUUACAGUUUUGUAACUGCUUUAGACAGCUCUUCCAAGAAAAGAAAAUAUAUUGAAAUGCAUUCUGUUUUUCCGCUUUUUGUUCAAUCAAGGUUUUGAAAUAUAAACAUUAAUGGGGAUGGGGGUGGUAAAUUUUCCAAAUUAUGUUUAAAGCAAUGGUCACAUUUACGUUCACGCACGUAGUUGGUCGUAGUUCAUUUUAAACGUAGUUUGUCGUACGUUGAAGUACGUGUAAGUACCAACAACUACGUUCUAACGAGUAAAUCGGGUAGGGUUAACUAGGGUAUCACUACGUCUUACCACGAGUUACUACGUUACACUACGUAUAUACUACGAUCGAAGUACGAACAACUACGACAAAUUACGAUCAACUACGUUUAGCUACGGAAAAGCGUUUAGCCGUAGUGGAGCCCUAGUUUAGUUUAGCCGUAGUGGAGCCCUAGUUGAUCGUAGUUGAACCGUACUGUCGAUGUGUUUUUCUUGUACUACGAUCAAAAACGAUACACACUACUGUUAAGUACGAUCAAGUACGUUUAACUAAGA